UGUCCCUGCAACUGGAGGAGUAGCCUGACUUGUUAGUCCUGUCUGCUCGCUCAACAACAGAUACUUCAUCUCAGCGCACUUCAUCCCUCACGUCGAGCGUGGAGUCAUCAGAGGAUGGACAGAUUAAAUGGACAGGACAUACCUCUGAGUAAAGUGGACGACGUAGAGGCAGUCACAGGGCGCUCUGGAAAAGUGUAUCGACCAAUCAACCUAAACCACUAUGCCACGAAGAAGACUGCAGCUCAGAGCAUGCUGGACGUCGCUCUGCUGAUGGCCAACUCAUCCCAGCUGAAGAGUGUUCUCUAUGUGGGGCCUCAGUACCGCUUCUACCUCCCUCUCAUUGUCCUGCUGACGAUAUCUAUCACGCUACAAGUCGCAGUGGGGCUGCUGCUCGUCUUUAUUGCAGUAAAGUAUGAUCUGAACGACGUGAGGAAACACGCCAAGUUGAACCGGAUGAACAACGCAGCGACAGUCUUUGUCUUCUUCACAGUCCUCAUCAACAUCUUCAUCACAGCCCUCGGCUUUGAGGGACAGAUCCUCAGGUCAACAGAACCACGUUUGAUUGCUAUACCAGAGUCUCAGCUUGUCCCUCUGCCCAUUGCAGAUAACGUGACUGGUGUCAUUUAGACCAGUCUCUGGACCAUAAUAACACAUCCCCUUGUUCUUUUUCUCAAAGCUUUGAAUUCUUGUGGGUUUUGGAGGGACACUGUAAAGACAUGUAUAGACAUAACUUCCUCAGCUGGAACAAACCGAUGAUUCCUGAAUGGAUUUCAUGGAUCUAAAUGAUUAGGACAGGGAGGCAACUUAGGAUCAAGGCCGUAUAAUAAGAUGUGGCACUUAAUAUUGAAUUGAAUUGGAUACGUUUUAAUUUAGUUCAUUUUGCCAAGGGUUUCGUGAAGCACUUAGUAGCAUUGUUUAGAUAAGUGCUAUACAAAUAAAGUUAUUAUAACUAAUUCUACUAUGCCAAAUACCGACAACCAAAAACCAAAAACCUCAGCCUGAAUACAUUACCAGUGGCUCAUCAGGCUCUUGGGACAGAUAAUAACACUAAUGAACAGUGAUGACCCCUUGCUGUCUCAGAAUGCAAAAAUAAAUCUGCACAUUUAUGCCAAACUAUUUAAAGCUUCUAUCUUGUAAAUAUAACUGCAUUGUAUUGUUUUGUACAAAUGUUAGUGUGGCAUAUUUAAGCCGAUCUAUAGUAUUGAACCAAAUAAAUGUAUUACAUAGACCAGUAAACAUGACUUGGAUUAUGUUAAUACUUGACUGUUACCUUCACCUCAUUCUCCAGUGUCAUGUUUUAUAUUUCUUAGAAGCUGGAUACUGGAUUUUAUAAAUUUUUCUUGAUGAAUAAAAAAAAACUGAACCUGUUGCGUCCAGACAUCAUCAUGUAUAUGUUACAAAUAAAAACAAAUCACAUAUUAAAGAAAGGCUCCAUAAAUGAAAGAAAAUACACAAAACAUGCGAAAAAGCAAAGAAAGGAAAGGAGAGGAACAGCAUUAUUCUUUAUUUGUCUUACUGUCAGCUCAUUCCCUGUAAAGUUUAAAACCAUGACCAGAUGAUGAGCCUGUCUCAUUCCCAAACACACUAGUUCCUACUGAAGAUGGACAUGAUGGUACAGAAAUACGGUUAAUAAAUUUAGCUGGACUCUAUUUUCAGCAAAUGUUA